AUGGACCACCAAAACACGCUGGAAAAGACACGGUCCUCCUGUGUGGAGGAAGCAGGAAACACCAUUCUCGAAGCCAGUGCUCUCUCAGAGCAGCACCAGGCGUAUCUCCUGCAACGCCAUGGCACCCUAGACCUCGACCCAAUCCCCAGCAUGGACCCGGCUGAUCCAUACAACUGGCCUCAGUGGAAGAAAACAUCCAACCUAGCUCUAGUCGCCUUCCACGCCUGCAUGGGCACCUUCACCGCAGCGGCCAUCAUCCCAGCCUACGAAGCCAUCGCCGAAGACGUCGGCGUCUCCAUCCAGCGAGUCAGCUAUCUCACCUCCCUCCAGAUCGCCAUCCUAGGCGGCGCCCCGCUGCUCUGGAAACCACUGUCCCACCGCUUCGGGCGUCGCCCAAUCUUCCUCCUGUCGCUGGUGCUCAGCUGCGUGUGUAACGUCGGCUGCGCCAAAAGCCCAGACUACGCCUCCAUGGCGGCCUGUCGAGCGCUGGUGUCGUUCUUCAUUUCCCCAGCCAUGGCCCUCGGCAGCGCAGUCGUCAUGGAGACUUUCUUCAAGCACCAGCGCGCGGCGUACAUGGGGGUCUGGACGGUAAUGGUCACCCUAGGAGUGCCGGUUGGGCCAUUUAUAUUCGGCUUUGUCGCCGAGAGAGUGGGCUAUCGCUGGAUCUACUGGGUCCUGGCAAUUACCAACGCAUGUCAAUUCAUCCUAUACAUCUUCUUCGGCCCGGAAACACGAUACACAGGUUUAUCCUCCUCCUCGCCGUUCAAAAGGGAAUAUCUAACCCUCACCCGCAUCGACCCAACCCCCCUCACAGCGUCUGAAUUCCUGCACCCUCUCUCCCUCUUCACCAACAUCCCCGUCCUCCUCGCCGCAGUUGCCUACAGCAUGGUCUUCCUCUUCGCCUCGGUCCUCAACUCCGUCGAAGUGCCCCAGCUCCUACAGCAGAAAUUCGCCCUCAACGCCGAACAGCUCGGCCUGCAAUUCCUCGGUCUCAUCAUCGGCUCUCUCCUGGGCGAGCAAAUGGGCGGAUACAUGUCCGAUCUAUGGAUGAGCGCGCGCGCGCGUAAACUAAGCAAAAACAAUAACAGUAACAAUACCAGUAAUACCAGACCACCCCCCGAAUUCCGGCUCUGGCUCAGCUACUUCGGGUUCCUGGUGACUAUUGCCGGGAUGGUGGUGUUUCUGGUUUGCACUGAGCAGGCAGCCAGCGGGGCCGGGCGCUGGGUUGUCUCGCCGGUUGUUGGCACGGGCAUUGCGGCGUUUGGGAAUCAGGUUGUGACGACCGUGCUUACGACUUAUGCGGUUGAUACGCAUCCUGCUGAUGCUGGGGGCGUGGGUGUGUUUAUUAACUUUGUGAGGUCGACGUGGGGCUUUAUUGGGCCGUUUUGGUUCACGUCCAUGUUCGAGAGCGUGGGAAUCGCAAAGAGCUCUGGUGUAGUGACGGCGUUGAUUAUGGGUGCGAGUUUCUUCCCUACGGUGUUUUUGCACCUACAGGGUCAUCGGCUGCGACGGGGAAAUGGGAAGCAGGAUCACGGUUGA